AUGGCUGCGACUGCUACGAUGUCGCACGCUCAGCAAGUCCAAACCUUGCCCCGUCUCGUUGCGAUCAACAAAAACUUUACGGACCUAAACGAGCAGAUCGAGCAAGCCAGAAACAUUGUUGGACUGCCCGAAGGAUGGACCACUCUUGAGAUUGGAAAUAGCCGUCAUGAUGUUAUACAGAGGGUAGGACGCGCCAAAGCAGAAUGGGUGUUACGAUGGGUAUUUGACAAGUUGAAAGAUGAAGGGAGCAGCGGUGUUCAGGCGCGAUCACACUUAAGGGCAUGGAAACUUCUUCAUUGGAUGAUAGAGAUUCUCCCUGCGAGUCAAGCGGCUGCUCAGCUUCAUGACGCCGACUUUCUAUCCAUCCUGGAGAGGACGCUCCAUGAGAACUUCGACGAGGACUUUGCGGCCGCUUCUGCCACUACAUCCCGGGACACACAGACCGAUAUCUCUGAGGAAUCCAGCGAGACCGUGCAAGAAGACGCGAAUUUGUCGCGAAAACGAAAGCGACCUUCGGGGCGUUCUGAUGGUCCCACAAAGAAAGUCAACCUUGGAUCGGAGAAACUUUUACUGUUAUUCCAGGAAGUGGCUACCGUAAUGAGGUCUGUAGGCCGAAAAAGCAGCUCGGAGGAUUCUGGUGAAGAGAUGGUGCCAUCGCAGGGAAUGAAGAUGGUCAUGCAAACCGAAACGGCUCAAGCUGCAAGGAUUUUGAAAGGCUGGCUCAUUGCCGUCAGCGGCCUCUUGACUUCCAAUUUGGAAUCAGGACGUGGUGCGGUUCGGUUUUUUCUGAACCUUUCUCCUGUGCUACAAAUCUGGGGCCUUCGUACAAUCGACAUCGAAGACUCAACAAGCGCUUCCGCAGAUCAGUUCUCGUCAGAAUGCCUCAUUCCUCUCUUAAACUUGUACGCACGCCUGCGGGACACUAAUAAAAAUAGUGUUGCAGUUGAAGAGACCCCAGAGGCUCUGAGAGAGGCGAUCCAGGACCUUGAAAUUUUGUUGAUGACCCAUAUCUUCGCUCCGAGCCGAAAAUCGUUCUUUGCCAAUAUGGGGACUCAGCAACAUUCGAGCGAUAGACCGAAGUCUAGUAAGAGCGACCAGUUGUCCGGUAAUCUAGAACCUUUAAGAGCCAAAAUUCUUCAGGCCGCUCAGAUCCACGACACAUCCGCCUCCAUUCCUGAAUCAUUCAUGCCUCUUUUCGAUUGCAUUCCACAGCUCCUGGACUUGGUCAUUCGGAAAUCCCCGUCACGGACUCCGAAGAGCCGUAUUGCUGAGCGUCCAUGGCUCCAGGCCGCCUUCAUUGCGCUCGCCGAAUGUGCUGGUUGUGCACUUGAAGCACCACGAUUCGAAGUUCCUACCCUAUCCGUCAAGGCGUUGCGGGGCUUGCUGGAAGUAUUGACUGUCCAUGACAUCAAAAUGGAAGCAGGUGUUCUUACCGACUUGUUUUGGUAUCACUCAGGAAUCGAAUACCCACGAAACCAUCGUCGAACCGCCCAUUGGCCCCUGAUUUCAGCUCUGGUAAAGCUCGAUGCCGAUAUCUUCGUACCCAGACCAGGGCAGAAGGCCGAAGUCCCUGCGUCGGAAGAAAGGCCUGCGGAUUUGGCGCGAUAUCUCUUUGACAACAUAUCUACAAACGAUCUUGAAUCCCCCUCUUCAGCUGCUGAAGACGCAAUGGACAUCGAUGACGACGAUCAUAAGCAUGCCCCAAGCCAGGGCAACCGGCACCAUAACGUCGAAACUAUCAUUGAUGGUGAGGUCCUUGUGGAAUCCAUAAUAGUCCCAAUCAUGUCGGCUUUCGCGCGUAAUCGGGACCUACUUGGCGUCAUAAACCACUGGGACAUUCAGCUUUGCGCCCAUGCACAUCUCCAGCGGAAAACAGCGGGAGGCAUUCAGCCCGUGAUUUGGGAAGCUCGAAGCUUGGAACUUGCCAUCGAAGCGCUAGUUGAGAAGUCGUUGACACCGUCACAAAUCAGCAGUCUUGUGCGAACUCACUCAGAACGUAUCAAGCCACCAAAGACGGAGUCAAAGGAGCCAUCUCCGGAAAUUCAGGAGUCAUUCAAGAAAGCACACAGCAGUGAUGUAAUACUGCGCGCCUUGCUUUCUUCAAUUCAUUCCGAUGAUACCAUCGAGGCGCUCCGAGAUCAAUUGACCUCCUUAGCUGCGACGUAUUCGGAGUUGGUCACGGAUAGCUGGUAUAGAACGCACACGGACCUAGCUUCUCACUGGAUAACCAUGGGUGAGCUCGUGACGAUGUUGUGGCCCUUGCACCUCCACCUCUCAAGGAACGCUCAAGAAGAGCUCCUAGCGCCGCUCCAUCGAAGAGCCAUGAAGGAUAUAUCUGCGAAGAAUAAAAAGAACCAUGAGCAUACCCAUCCGAAAACGAAGGAAGCAGCUCUAUUGUUUCUGCUCACUUCGUGCGACUAUUUGCGGACGGUCCCCGAGUGGGAUGACCUCCUUCAAGAGAGCAUACGCAAGGCGUUUAAAUUCAUCUUGUCCAGCCAAGGCAAUACGCCGCUUCAGACGGACAUGCUAACGCUCUUUUGUACCGAGUUUGCACAGCUUUUGGAGUACCUCGAAACCGACACAGACACCUGGCAAGACAAUCUGGAGAAGAUACUUAAAAAGCUCGUUGACCUCGAUUUUGAAGUUGCUCAAAACGCUGCCGAUGCUCUCGCGCAGACACUAUUCACGUCCUUACGCUCCGAUUUGAGGGUUGCUUUUGCGGCGGCCUUAAUGAAGUCAGCGGAACAUGGCAGUGAAAACCAAGCGUUACUCGGGGUGGUGAAAGCCGCGCUACCCCACAUCCGUCCAUCGGCUCUCCCCCGAGACCAGCGUGAAGCCGUGUUAGAUAAGAUUACCGAGGCGCUUUUGUCGGACGCGAAAGACGCUGAACUUUACCUCAGCGUUAUGAGAACGCUUCAAGAAGUCCCAAAUGCUACGUCCAAGAUCGCUUCGAAGGGUGGCGCUUUCUUUGAAAUUGCACAGAGUCUGCAUGACCACGGUCACGAAUCGUCGAACACGCUGCGUUUGUUUCAAGAGGUCAUCCAGUUGACACUGAGUCACGUCCUACCAAAUAAGGACCAGGUCCAGAACAAACGAUACCUCGAGAAAUUCAUAGACAAGAUCGUUUCUGUGAAACCGCGUAGAUGGUUCCCAGCUCGAUUGGCCGUUGCGAGAGCCGGUUUUCUUUCUCAGAAAGACAACGAGAUACUGUUUUGGGAGCAGUACUCGGUUUUGCUGGCGAUUUCCCUCGAAUCCAAAUCAAUGGGCAGAGCGGUCAUGGCCGCCAUCGCUGAACUGCCGGCAAGCCUCUUAAGAGAACAUAAUAAUAUUGAAGCGCUCAGGAAGACGAUCGACGUACACUCAUUUGGGAGCGAUGGGUCGAUGUUCGCUUCUACAAUUGGCGAAGAGGACAAGGCCUUAACCUAUGCAAUUGUAGCUAAAGCCAGACUCUUUCCUAACCUGGAUUGGUUCCUAGCUCUGACCAAAGUCCUGAUCACCACCGCCGGAGAGGAGAAUGAACGCAUCAUCUUGGACUCAUUCAAGGAGGCCGCGCUGUCCCUUCCUCUGGCGGAUCAGUUGAGAGCAGCCUCCUCCUUCCUUCAAGCAGCUGCCGACGGUCAUGAAGGUGAAUGCUUUCGAUUGUUACAUGCCCUCGUCUCGACGCUCAAUGACAAGCUGGACGACGACGAGAUACUCAGACAGCAACAAGUCGCCCUCUUACCUCGGUUGUGCAACGUCCUGGAUAACACCGACAGCAUUCCUAGUUCCUCUCUGUCCGGGAUUCUGGAUACAAUCAACACGAUCGUGAAAGACAAGCCUUCCCUCACAUCACAGCAUAGCAUUGAGUGCGUACUGACGGCGCUUUCGCGACUAUGCUCACGGAGUAGUCCAGACCUUCCCACACCUGACGCGGUAGCGAUCUACAGUCGCCUGUGCGAGACUACACGCUACAUUCUCUUGCUGCAACGCAGUCGCCUGGGUGGACGUUUCCACUUAUUGCUCCAACUUCUCCAACGGCUUCUCUCAUGCCUCUUCAUACCCCAUGCCGGCAGGGAUCAUAUGCUACCCACCUGGCUCAGGUCACCUUCAUCGGCCCCGAUCCAUCUCGCACCGUGGAAUGCAUCCCAAUACGCUCGCAUCCUGUCGAUGCUGUGCUCCCCAACCCAGUCAUCGGUGUCCAAAGCAUAUCAACAUCGAGGCUCCUCCAACACAAAGACGGCUCUCAAUGAUCCCGUCAAAGCAGCCAGGGAAUAUGUAUCUCACUAUAUCUACCCACUGCUCGCAGCUUUCUGCCGCUGUCAGUUGAAUGGCCGACUAGACGCCAGCGUCAGGGAGAAGCUAAUGCCUGGAAUCUGGGAGGCCAUCGGUACGGCGGAAAUGGAUAAGGAUAGCCUGCAGGCGAUGUACCAGGGAUUGGAUAAGAGUAGCAGGGAGAUCUGGAAAGGGCUGUGGGCGGAAUGGAGUAGGUUGCAUGGGCGGGGACAGGGAGUGUAA